GCUCGACACCUCGAGGUCGUGGCAAAUGGAGGGAACCAGUCGCAGCGAAAGUCUAUCAUAAGUUCCUACCAGUUCAGACUUACGGACAAAUAGACCCCGUUCCGACAGACAUUCAGACACGCGAUUUUCCGAUACGAAUUUCGACUAUCGUAAGUGAUUUUUGGCGCGGUGGUGACAAUUCCGUGCUUAUUUUUUCGGAGUCGUUUAAAAAUUAUUUCUUAUUAUUUCACGUGAAAAUGGGGCAAACGGGUUUAUUAAUUUUCUUGGCCUGUGUUCUAUUUACAUCGGCUGCCAAAAACCAAAUCAUCAACGAAUGGGGCCUUCUCACAUUCAACUUUCCACCUAACUCUAACUAUUACUACACCUAUAGGCCUGAAAAUACGGUUUUCACCGGCCUAGAAGUAACAGAGGAUAGAAUUUUUUUAGCGAUGCCGAGACUAAGGGCAGGUGUGCCAGCAACUCUUGCCUACAUCCGAAGAAACGGGGUAAUCGGUGAACCAUUAAAUGCUUAUCCAAACUGGGAUUUCCACGCGAUCGGCCAAGGAAUAAACGAUACUUGCGCCGGACUAACUUCUGUCUAUAGAAUGAGAACAGAUUCUUGCAACAGGCUUUGGGUUCUGGACUCGGGAGUGAUGACAUCGAUCGACGAUUUCCAAAGGAUUUGCAAUCCUAAACUCGUAAUAUUUGACUUGUCGACCGAUCUUCCAGUUCGCACGAUCCAAUUCCCGCGCAACGUUCUAAGACCAGCUUCUCUUUUCACAAACUUGGUGAUCGAUGAAACCAUCCGAGGGCCAUGUGAUUCCGCCUAUGUUUACAUGACCGACACCGCUGCCCCAGGAAUCGUCGUCUUGGAUUCUGUGAACAGUAAUUUCUGGAGGUUCCAACAUCCUUCCAUGUACCCAGAUCCUGAUUUUUCCGAUUACAACGUUGCCGGCGAAACGUUCACUCUCAUGGAUGGGGUUGUUGGACUGACGCAUUCUCCACAGCUCCAAACAUUGUUCUUCCAACCUUUGGCAACAAACAGGAUUUUCAGCGUGCCGACGUCGGAACUGAUUAAAGGACCCCCAGUCGAAUUUCAGUCACUGCCGAUUUCUUUGGCUGGUAAAAAGUCAUCGCAAGGAUUAGGUUUAGCACUAAACCCUGAGGACGAUACUCUCUUCUUCAGUCCUGUUGCUGAAACAUCGGUAGCUUCCUGGAAUGCAGUAACAAAUGAUCAAAAAUUUCUCGCUUAUGAUCCUGUGGCACUUCAAUUUCCGGCAGAAUUGAGAUGGGUGCCAAGCGACCACAGUUUAUGGCUGCUGAGUACGAGAUUUCAGAAGUUCUUCCUCAGAACUGUUAGCGGUAACGAAAUUAAUCUCAGGAUAAUCAGAAUUCCGAUUCCCAGGAACAGAACCUUGUCGUCUGGAUUCAACUUCGAAAAUUCACUCUAUUAUAAAUAAUUUAAAGAGAAUACCAAAUGUUAAUUUUACUUAGUAAUAUAUCAGAAGCAAUUUGCAAUUAGAUUUUUCUUAGUCCAUUAUUGAGAGUGCCAUUAUUUAUUUUACUUAUUCGAACUCAUUCCGAUUGUAACAGUUUGAUAAACUAAUUGCAUUUGCUUUAAUAAAAGUGUUUCAAAACUAAAACGGAUUAAAACUUAUUCACAUAAUUUGAAUAGAAAACAAUGUUUAACGCUUGUCUCAAGAAAUUUUUCAUAUGUAACCUCUAUAUUUAUUUUUUACUGUAAAUAAAUGAUUAAAUAUGUACA